CAUAGACUAGAAUCCCAUUGUGCUAGGUCUGUAGACAGGACAAAAGGACAGUCCCUGUCCCCAGGAGCUUACAAUCUAAGUAACUCAUGAAGCACUUUCUUAUUAAUUUCUGGAGAGAGGGGAAACAACAACCCAUGAGUGGUGGAGUGAAAAGCAGUCACUCAUCUCUGUGGGAGAAGGUGCGCUGGAGGUUGGGUGGUUCUGCUACACUCUUUGAUCAUGCAUGUGUGGAGGAACACAGAACCACUGUUGUACAGGCUUGCUCAUGUUAUUUACAUCACCCUGUGAGUUCCUGGAUAUUACAGUAAAACAAUCCAGUGUGCCUAGAAAUAAAAGAGACAGCAGCCUCACUUGAGAUUCGUCUUCUGAGGUUCUCUAAGAGGAGUUGCCCCAAAGGGUGUCUGAACCUUGAGCCUCGAUGGGGUGGAGGGCAGAGUUAGAGGUCUAUGGCAGGACAUUAUACCCCAUAUAGUCUGUUUCCCUGCCACUGUGAUGUAUUUCCUCCCAAACAAAGGAACUGGCACAAACUUUUCCCUGCUCUAACUCCACUGAAGUCAGCAGAAUUCCACCAGGGAUGAAUGUGGCCCAGUUCUAAAGUGGUGAUGAUGGAAUAGUGCACAGUAACGGAGCAGCAUUGCUGGCUCCUCUGCAGAACUGCCAAUUAGAUGCUCAUUUCCUGGGUGUAUUACAGCCUAGCUCUGCAUAGUAGUUCCUCUUCUCAUUGCCGCCCUCAGCCAAUUGCAUCUUAAAUCAAUACCCGAGGAUCACAGGGUGUGAGCAAUGGGAGAAGCCUAUCGCUUAUGUGUGUGCUUUGUGUGUGGCUGGCAGAACAAUCUCAGGCUCCGGCAGAGACAAAGAGUGUGAGAACUGGUUUAGUCAGAGCCUGCAACCAGCUGAACUGGGUCUGCCCUAGGAUCAGUGGCAGCAAGCAACUCAGGAGAAGGAGAGAGGCCUGAUAGCUCUGAGCCAGGCAGCCCUUAGAGCUGGUCAUGCUGGUCCAGAUACCCUGUUAAAUGCAAUCCCCUGGGUUUGCUCUUCUCUCUAAUGAGACCUCUACAAGGCUGCAGGAGACAAGGCAUCGUUUUGGGGAUCGUGAUCCUCUGCCUGGCUGCUGGGUGGGCUCUACAGACCCAAGGAGGAGUAUCUUUAUUAGUCCCACAACCCAACAUAAAUGCCACCGUGGCACAAAAUAUUCUCCUCUCCGUUGAAUAUUCUUGCAAAGGCAUAGUCUCAAUUGAGUGGAAGCAUGUGUCAAGUUGGGGCACCAACAAAAUUGUGGAAUGGAAACCGGGGAGUUAUACUAACAUAUCCAAAAGUUACAAGGACCGAGUGAACACUUAUGAAAACGGCUCUAUACAGCUUCUGAAUGUAGGCGUGAGAGAUGCUGGCUAUUAUGUUGUCACCAUAACAGAAGAGCUGGGAACCAACAUCUACGGCACCAUUGUAUUAAGUGUCUAUGAGAUUAUCUAUGAAGAUUUACAUUUUGUAGCUGUCUUCUUUGCAUUUCUCACUGCUGUGUCUGCAGUUUUAGUCUGCUGCAUGUGGUUCUGUAAUAAAUCUGUGCAUCUAUUCCAGAAUAAGAGAGACAAGCUUAAAGCAAGAACAGCUGAAGAGAUAGAACUGCAAACCAUUGAGUGUUAGCCAAGAACAUUUCAUAACAAAUAACAUUUCUACCUCAAGAAAAAAUAAUGGUAAAGGAAAGGGGGGGAAACCCACAAAAGGUAAAGUUUUUAUACAAUCUUUUUUUAACAUGACUGAUAUAGAAACUUCCUGACUUGCAAAUAAGACGUCAAUGGGAGAUGGAAUCAGAGCUGCAUGUAUGGAGCCUCUUGCAAGUGUGAAGAUUUCAGUUCUUCCAUUUACGGUGGACAAGGUCAAAGUGAACAGAAUGCUUCCUUUGUUGAGCAUAGGGACUGUUCAUGGGCUAUACCAUAAGAUCUUUAGCCUGGAUCUCUCUCAAAAAAACAAGCCAACCAAGCUACUUUGGCUACAUAAUAUUGGGAAAUAUAAAGAGGACUUGCUUAGGGUCUUAACAGACAUUUGUUUUGCUAAUGAGUAUCCCAGAUAGUGCAAGUGUCCCUUCACAAAUAGGCAGCAGACUAGACCUCAGCCUUCUUCAACGUGCUGCAAAUGUGCAUUAAUGUAUUAAAUUAUUAAUUUUAAAAUAAAUGAAGGACAGUAUACUGUAUACCGCAUAUUAUGCUGCUAUCUUCAGGCCAAAGAAUUUGCUGAAGUCUCCAAAGACUAUUAUAAUUCAUCAUGAGACAAAAGUGAAUUUGAGCCAAUGACCCCAUGGUUGAAAUUCCAUCUCUCAGUAUCUUUAUGAUUGUUUACAUUGUUCCAUGAUAUUAAUGCACACUUACCAAUUGUAUAGAAACUUCUUAAACAAUGAACAAUGCAAAUAUACAGCAGGUGACACUGUCAAUAGACUAUGAUUAGAACAGUCAGAAAAGUUCUGGUGGGGUCAAAAAGUGACAUGGAGCUUAAUCCAGAGAGGUAGAGAGUGCCAUGGAUUCAACAAACUCAGGCCAGGGAAGGAUUGAGUCUAUCUGGUUUGGGAGAGCUGCUUAACAAGAUGGUGUUGUUUUUUUUCAGAAUUUGUUUUAAAUGGCAGCAAAGCCUCUUUUGCUUUUAUUUUUUGUAAGCAAAUUUUAAAUGAACUAACGACUACUGGUCUGUAUCUGGUUGCUGCACUUAAGGUUAUUACAUAGGUCUUCUGUGUGGAGUAAUUUGGCUUUUUGAAACAGAAAGCACUAAAGUUUGUUUACUUAAGUAAGUUUCAAAGCAUUAAGCUCUAAAUUAUCUUGUUUUUGUAAGAAGAGAGGAAUAUUAUAUUAUGAAAUAAACCUUGAAAAUGA